CGCCAACUCUUCCCCUCCUCACCUUCACAAAUUUCCGAAUUCCGCAAUUCAUUGUUGCUUUCACCUCCAUUUGGAUAUGGUGAUCGCUAGAAACCUCUCCGUUGCGAAAUCGAAGCUUAAGCCCCUCUUCUCCCUUUCUCGCUUCUCCCCAUCUCUCCAAAACCAUCAUCCCCUUCCAUCUCCUGCACACCACCACCGUUUCGCCGAAGGAAAGGGCUCCUCCGUCUCCGCUUCUCCAUUUCCCUCGUCGUAUUCCUCUUGUCAUCCUUUCACUUCAGCUGCCGCGGCAAAAUCUCAGAAGCCUUCGUCUUCUUUGCUCCUCUCCCGCGAUGGUAAUGUCGACGAGGCAACUCCUUCCGCCGCCGUUUGCCCUGGCUGCGGCAUCCGUAUGCAGGAUUCAGACGCCAAGCAUCCCGGAUUCUUUGUCAAACCUUCGUCAAGGGAUCCCAGUUAUAAAUCCAGAGGGCGGCUGGUACCAAUAGCGCUAGAGUCGCAAGUCUCCAGUUCCCUGAAAAAGGGUUUUGUUGAAGACUCUGAAAAUCCUCAAACCAGCGCUGCUUCGACCGGGGGAAAAUUCUCCGGUAGGCCUGUUGUGUGCGCCCGCUGUCACUCGUUGAGACACUACGGAAAGGUGAAGGACCCAACUGUGGAGAAUCUGUUGCCAGAAUUCGAUUUCUAUCAUGCUGUAGGAAAGCGUUUGGUUUCAGCCUCAGGGGCCAGGUCAGUAGUUCUAUUAGUCGUGGAUGCUGUUGAUUUUGAUGGGUCAUUUCCGAGGAGGCUUGCGAAGCUUGUGACAGAAGCCAUUGAUGAGAACUACACGAAUUGGAAAGAGGGGAAAUCAGGGAAUGUGCCUAGAGUUGUUCUGGUGAUUACGAAGAUUGAUUUGUUGCCUACUUCUUUAUCGCCCACUCGAUUCGAGCAUUGGGUUAGGCAGAGAGCCAGGGAUGGUGGUGCUGGUGUUAUUAAGAAAGUCCAUUUUGUGAGUGCUGUCAAGGAUUGGGGGUUGAAGGAUUUGGUUGAGGAUGUGAAAGAAUUGGCUGGGGCUAGAGGUCAUGUGUGGACUGUUGGAAUGCAGAAUGCUGGCAAGAGUACUUUGUUGAAUGCGAUGGGGAAGUGUGCUGGUGGUGGAAGUGAAGCAAAGGUUAUUCAUUUAACAGAGGCACCUGUACCAGGAACUACUCUGGGGAUAAUUAGGGUGGAGGGUGUUCUUCCUGGGAAUGCAAAGUUGUUUGACACUCCAGGGCUUCUUAACCCGAAUCAGAUUACAACUCGCUUGACUAGGGAUGAGCAGAAGCUUGUUCAGAUUACUAAGGAGUUGAAACCGAGGACGUACAGAAUUAAGGUUGUAGGUUACUCAGUUCACAUUGGUGGACUUAUGAGGCUAGAUAUUGAAGAAUCAUCGGUGGACUCUAUAUAUGUGACUGUCUGGGGUUCGCCAUAUCUUCCACUACAUAUGGGGAAAACAGAAAAUGCAAGCACUAUGUUUGAAGAACAUUUUGGCCGUCAGUUACAGCCACCAAUUGGGGUAAAACGAGUCCAAGAGCUUGGAAAAUGGGUGAGACAUGAAUUCACCGUAACUGGGAAUAGCUGGGAUUCAAGUUCAGUAGACAUUGCUGCAGCAGGUCUUGGCUGGUUUGCGAUUGGACUAAAAGGAGAUGCAGUCUUAGGUGUUUGGACAUAUGAUGGAAUCGAUGUGGUCCUUAGAAACUCCUUGAUACCUUAUAGAGCAGAGAUUUUUGAAGUUGCAGGGUUUACAGUCUCGAAAAUCGUAUCCAAAGCUGACCAAGAUCUAAAUGAAACCAAGAGGAAACGCAAAGUGCGAGAAGUAGCAGUAGCUGCUGAUGCAGCUUGAUGGAAAGUUGGCGAGGGAAGAAUAUAAACUUAUGUUUGUACAAGCUGGGACUCCUCACCCUAGUGAUGCAGAAGAGGCAUAAGUUAAAUGCAACAAAGGUGUUUCUGGACUGCCCUCGGCACGAUUGAAUGCCCACCACAGCAUACAUCGAUGGGGAUCUUUGUGUUAUGGAACAACAGAAGAGUGAUCUGGGACGCUGUAUUUGAACAGGUGAAAGGAAUUUGAAGUGGGCACCGUCGUGUGUACUGGUUAGUUCUUGUCACCAAAGCUGAAGUGAUUAAAUUUGGUUAGCUUCGCCUACUUGGUACUGAAUAGAGAAGCCUUCCUGGAUGCUGUUGUGCAUUGAAUGGGUAAUUCUGAAGAGUGGAGAAAAAUUUUCUGGUAUCAUUUUGUAUGUUAACUUUCCUUUCCAGUUUUUGAUUGCCAUUGCUGCCUUUCAUUCUCAUGUCAACUUAUUCACGUUUCGUGGUGUUUAUCCAAUAAUACAUGGUAUUUGUCCAUAUUCUCUGUACAUCCAGAACUAUGGCAGUGAGAGACGGGAAGAAGUAAAAGACAUUCUCCUGUUGGCAUUUUGAUUUCA